CAACUGCGUCUCUUUCAAGUGAGCAUAUGCUCUUCCAUGGAUCCCCUUCAAUUCUCCUCCACCCAGAUUAACAAAAGCAACUAAAAAAUACAUACAAUCCCAGUAAUUCAUUACUCUCUCUCAUACACUUCCAGCAAAAGAGAGAGAGGAACAGGAGCCACACAAACACAAACACAAACAUAAGUAAACACAUACACAAAGACAUUACUUAUCAUGGCUUGUGCAACAACAAGACCCACCUUCUCUUUCCACCUCUCAACCUCUUUCCCCCAAACCUCAGCUCCAAAACUCAAACCCCAUUUCACCACCACCCCAACUCUCUUCCCCAAACUCUCACUUCUACACAAACCAUACAAACUGACUACGCCACACUCCAUUGACAUCUCCAAAGAAGACACCCCCACCUCAAGCCAAGAAACCACUACACCUCCUCCUCAAGAGCCUCUAGAAGAGCCUCAAGAAAAUAUUGACAAGCGCCGCUUAGAAGAGAAGUUUGCAGUGUUAAACACAGGUAUCUAUGAGUGCAGGUCUUGUGGGCACAAGUUUGAUGAAGCUGUGGGAGACCCUUCAUAUCCCAUAGCUCCAGGAUUGCAAUUUGAAAAGCUGCCUGAGGAUUGGAGGUGCCCAACAUGUGGGGCAGCUAAGAGCUUCUUUGAGAGUAAGAGUGUGGAGAUUGCUGGGUUUGCACAGAACCAACAGUUUGGGCUUGGUGGGAAUGCAUUGACUUCUGGGCAGAAGGCUAUACUUAUAUAUGGAAGCUUGUUGCUUUUCUUUGUGCUCUUUUUGUCUGGUUACUGGCUACAAUAGUUAAAGAGCUGGGGAAGGAAAGAAAUGAGUAAUAGGUAAUAGUUUUUGUAGCUCUCUUUCUUUUUCCUUUGAAGUAAUUAUUGGUGGUGUUAUGUUUAUGUGAUAUCAAUGUGUAUUUAUGAUAUGGGGAAAUGUUAUAAUUCGGGUUACUUGAGUGAUUUAUAAAUGGUAUAUUUUGUUUUUACUA